AUGGCAAGAGCAAUAAUCUCGUUCGGGCAUUUAAGCCGUUUCACACUCCGAGCCCCGUGGUGGAAAAAGCAGCAGGAUUAUGCCACCGUGAAAACAAGCGAGGAUGAAGAAACCAUGGAUACGGCGGAACCUGUUUACCACCCCAACAUGCUCCGACGAGUUGCUUUAGGGCAUAUUGACAAAUCAACGAGGAUGAUAAAAUUCAUCUUCUUUUCCUUUGUUAUGCUCUUGGUACUGGCGUUCGUGGUUAUGUUCAUCUCUCAACUGGUAUUUGCUUCGAACCACCCGGCGCAAAAUAAUGUUCAGAAGUCCAAAAUGAACACAGCCUCCCCUUCGCCUCAGACCAUGCACCCGACCAGCUCUUAUGGGCAUGCGAUAUAUGACGGCCACCUUCAUCCUCCAGCAGCCAAAGGGAUGCGAUCAAUUCUAAAAUCACCAUGCGGCACCAAUGCCACUUCUGCGCGGGCAGCAGGCUGUCAUUUCGACAUUAUUUCUUUCGCAUGGCUUCACCAUAAGUGCUAUGAUGCCGAACUAUCCAAAUCGUUCUCCUCGAUCCACGAAUGGGAAUGGUUCCUCCAGCCGAAUCGGGAACAACCGGUCCUCGCGUCUGAGGCACUAUCAGGAAACUAUCCUGUCCUCUAUGUGAACUGGGAAUAUCACGUCCGGCACUGCACAUAUAUGUGGAAGAAGAUGCAUAGGGCAAUAUUGAAAGAAAACGGCCUUGAAACUAUCGAUUGGUAUAUUGCACCGUACGAACAUACCGAACAUUGCGCAGAGAUGCUGUUGUCAAGAGGUAAACACUUUGAGUUCGACGUCAUCAACACGGGAAUUCGAGUUAAAUAUCCGGACUGUGGCAUUGCCCCUGAACGAUGAUUAAGCUAGGGGUACGAUAAAUUUAUAGGAAUCAUAGUUGGAGCGUCGAUGGUGCAAUAUUUCUGAUUUCAAGCCCAUGUUUGUUCUCUGGCCGUAAAACUGUCUCAGUCUCAUUUUGUCCAAGUCCAGAAUAUACGGGCGGCGCCUGUUGACCAGGGGGAGAUACUCGGUACGAUCGAGUUUCCGAGGCUGAAUUCACGUAGGUCGUGAGUUUCGCCCAGAU